AUGAGAUCAUUUAGUAUAGCGGUGCCUCUCCUCGCUCCAGGAUGCCGGUCCUAUCGUGUCCUUCCUAGUGAUCUAGUUCUGUGUCCUCCGGGUGUAUCCUCCGUCUUCGGGGAGGAUGUCUUCUCCGUUGUCGCGGUACUCCAAGAGUACCCUCUGCGUCGGCUCUGUAUCGUCUGGGGCGAGGGUGUGGUGAUCCGUCGUGAGAAUUACAAUGAUAUUUCGGAGGAAUACGGGCUAUUGGUAGAUGAAUCAACAGACCAAAAUAACAAUAUUACAAUGACCAGCGCGGACUUACUGCAGCCUGGGCACAUCGUCAAGGAAAGAUGGAAAGUGACCAAUAGUUUCUAG